GAUCAGUACAAACCAUUUGUAUGAAAGCAAAUGAAGUAAAUAUCUGCAACUAGGAUUUUCUAUGACAACAUCUUCAGGAAGUGCUGCAACUGGAUAGCUCAAACAACCUUUUUUAACCCCCUCAGGUCAUUUUUCAAUGUGAUUUACUUUCACCUAGGUGAUCCCGUCUCACUGAACACAUCUCCAACAUGGGUUAAACGUUCCUUAUAUUUGAGGGGUAGCACCCAGUGGUGGAGACAUUCUCAUUUGGCUUUAAGAUUGACGUUGGGGUUGAACGAUGGCGGUCAGCAGUGAUAUCAAAAUACCUUCUCUUCACUUUCAACUUAUUGUUUUUUGUGGGUGGAAUCAUUAUUCUCAGUUUCUCCAUACACAUGAAGCACAACAAAACAGACUACCAGAUGACUGAUGAACUUCUGCUGGCGCUAAACCUCCUGAUAUUUAUCGUUGCCGUGACUCUGAUUUUUGGCUUCCUGGGCUGCUGUGGCGCGUUCCGAGAGAACCGCUGCCUGCUGAUCCUGUUCUUUGUGGGCCUGGUUCUAAUGCUCUUCAUGCUGUUGGCUGUGGGAGCGCUGGGAGCCAUUACCAGAACUGAAGCUGUCCAGGAGCUGGUAAUGGGACACAUAAAGCAGCUGCUUCAGCUGAGCGAACAGCCCAAGGAAGUUCAGGAGGAGUUUCAGGAUUUGGAAAGGUCUGGGUUCUGUUGUGGGGUCUUUGAUGGAUAUCUUGAUUGGGAAAACGCCACAUUGGUGCCCGACUCUUGUAACUGCACAAACACCUCCAUGAACUGCUUGGUGUUGGACGAACGUGAGAUAUUCUCAACAACAUGUAUGACGUACAUUGUGAGAUGGUUGGAAAAGGUAUCAGACACACUUCUGGGGAUUGCGUUUGGAUUCAGCAUCUUGAUAAUUCUUGGCAUGAUUUUCUCAUUAGUCCUGCUCUGUCAGAUUAUGAAUGGAUAAUGAUAUUCACCAUGUUAGUGUUAAUUUAAUCUUUACUGGGCUUUGCCCUGUUGUAUAUUUUAUAAAUGCUUCUACUCUUUUGUACCUGGCUGUGUUUGUAUGUUUUAUAGAUUUCAACCACAAACCGCAUAUUCAGCUUUUUUUACACAAUGAAAAAGACCAAUUAUUGUAUUUUUUUCGUUUACAAGAAACUUUUUGACAUUAAUGAUUUAUGGACAUGUGUCUGACUAUUGACCAGUGUUUAAAAAUAACUCUAGUGCUGUACUUACACUUCCAAUCCACUAAAACAAGGAGGAAAAUAUUAUCUGUAAGCUGUAGCAAAAUGAUGAAAUGUUUUUUUUUAGAACUCCAAAAAAUAAAUAUGAAUCUGUGUAGCAGAACAAUUUGGCCCUUUAUAUUUAUCAUUUUAUCAUAUUCAAACUCAUCUUGUGACCCUUAGGAGGGACCUGACCCCUGGGUUGGGAGCUACUGUAUUUACUAUCUUUGGUCUCAGUGCCGGAUGUCUCUUGCUAAAUUACUUAUGGCCAUUUUCCUGCAAGCCCGCACCUUUGUGAAGUUUGAUAGAUGCCGACCACGCAUUUUGUCUGAUUUUUCUCAUUUGCAAAGGAAAUAUGUAUCUCACUCCCACCACGUUUUGAUAAUAGUCAAAUAUAAAUAUAGACAAAGUCACAUUCUAAAAAUAGAUGUCACAAGUCUAUGAUUUGAAACAUUAACUUGUCAGUGCUCUGAAGGUGGACAAACUAAGUAAC